AUGUUAAACUGGAGAUUGCUUGCUCUCGGCAAUCGCCUUUCUGCUUCCGCAGUUCCAACUAGGGUCAUCGGUGCGAUUCGUUCAUUCAGCAAAGACUGUGGCAUCGUAAACAUUCAAGAUCCAGAAGAUUUCAAAGAAAAAGUAACCAAUAAUGAUCUUCCAGUUCUUGUUGACUUUCAUGCUUCAUGGUGUGGGCCUUGCAAGAUGCUUGGACCAAGACUGGAAGAUGUCAUGGCGAAGCACAUGGACAAAGUUCUGCUCGCCAAAGUUGACGUCGACGCAAUGGAGGAAUUGGCCAUGCAAUAUGAGGUUUCUGCUGUCCCGACCGUGAUUGGAAUGAAGUGCGGGAAGGAGGUUUCUCGCUUCACUGGUUUAAAAGAAGAGGCCGAAAUUGAACGAUUUAUACAGGAACUUUGCAACUAG